CUAGGGAUUACCGAUCAUUCGAAAACUCCACCAAUUUAUUUUCUUGCAUGUGCGAUUUCAGUGUUGCUUCGCUAAUUUUGUUGACUAAAAGACAAUCAAGACAAUUAACGUUUGAAACAGGUGGAGGAUGAUUUGGUGAGUGAUUGUUGAAUGGAUUCUAGGGUGGAAGUUCCUGAUGGAAUGAUUGACUGAUCACUCGAGAGGACGCAUUCGUAUUUGAAGGGUUAUGUUUAUAACUGUUGCUCCAGUGCUCUUUCGUCGUCGAUAAUCCUCAGAUUUAGUUGUUUGUGAAUAUUUUUUGAACGAGGUUUGAUACUGGAAUAAUGGAGCCAGAGUAUGAUGAGGAAAGAGGUGGUUGGGGUGACGACAUGGGACGAGGGGAUGAUCCAGGAGGUGAUGAUGCUCUGGAUAAUCCUCAGGAAGUUCUCAAUCAAUGUCUGGAAAAGUUCAAAACACCGGAUUAUAUUAUGGAGCCCGGAAUCUUCACUCAGCUCAAAAGAUAUUUCCAAGCAGGAGGCAACCCAGAGACGGUAAUCGAGCUUCUCUCUAAGAAUUAUACAGCAUGUGCCCAAAUGGCGAACCUCCUAGCAGAAUGGCUGAUCCUGGCAGGCGUCAAAGUGACGGACGUCCAGGCAAUGGUUGAAAAUAAUUUAAAAGACAUGAUCCUGAAGACAUUCGAUCCAAAGAAAGCCGACAAGAUCUUCACAGAGGAGGGAGAGACUCCAGCUUGGCUCACAGAAAUGAUUCAACACCCAACCUGGCGUUCCCUGAUCUAUCGCCUCGCUGAGGAGUACCCAGACUGUCUCAUGCUUAAUUUCACCAUAAAACUCAUCUCCGACGCUGGAUUCCAGGGUGAGAUAACGAGCAUAUCGACAGCGGCUCAGCAAAUAGAGGUGUUCUCACGAGUCCUGAAAACAGCAAUCGCUGGAUUCCUCCAAAACACUGAGGACUGGCAGACGAGUAUCAAAGAGUGCGCCAAGAUGGUGUGCCAUGGGCAACACACUUACGUUUACAGUCAAGUACUGCUGCAAAUUUUGGCGCAGGAGUCGAGGGGUGGAUUUAUGAUGAAGAGGCUCUCCCAAGAGAUAACAAAAUGCGCCCAGCAGAAUAGGCACGAUGUGACACCCAUCACGAUGGCCUUGAAUGGAGCUGCCAGUAGUCCAGCUGCCUGUCAAGCCCUCGCAUCAAUGUUAUCAAGAAACAACCUCAAUCCAGCUGACAUCACGGUUCUCUUCAGACAUUAUUCAUCAGCAGAACCACCACCCAUCGAACUAGUGCGAAAUCCCCAGUUUCUCGAGCUCCUCGUUGACUCUCUCUUCAAGUCGGGCGUUAAGCUUAACCCCGAGCACAAGUCCAAGUAUAUUUAUCUCUUGGCGUACGCUGCGAGUGUCUGUGAGACUCUCCCGAGAAAGGGAAGCUCCAGGAAAUUGAAUAAAGACGAGUUGAAGACAACCAUUCAAGCCAUCGAAAAGGUUCACAACAUCUGUAAUAUCAAUAAAGGCUCCACCGAACUCGUAGCUGAACUGAAUACUCUUUAUCAGUGCAUUAGAUUUCCAGUGGUAUCUGUUGGAAUCAUCCGGUGGGUUGAGUGCACUGUCACUGAGCCCUCGUACUUCAAACUCAGUACGGAACACUGUCCCAUUCAUCUCGCUUUGCUCGACGAAGUCGUCGCCUGUCACAAUCUCCUCCAUCCCAAAGUCCUACAGCUACUGGUGCAGCUCUUUGAGAGUAAACAGGAUGAAUUGGAAAUUCUUGUGCAGCUCGAGAUGAAGAAAAUGUUAAUUGACAGAAUGGUGAACCUUCUGAGUCGAGGCUGCGUUGUUCCGGUUGUUUGUUAUAUUAAACAAUGUUGGCAGAGGGGAGACACUGAUAUUUCUUUAAUACGAUAUUUUGUUACUGAAGUACUCGAAGCAAUAGCUCCACCAUACAGUCUGGAAUUCGUGCAACUAUUUCUCCCAAUGGUCGAGAAUGAGGAAAUCACUGGAACAAUGAGGGGAGACAGCGACAAUGAUCUUGUUUCAGAAUUCAUAAUUCACUGCAAAGCCCAUUGUCCUGUUGUGAGAUGACGAUUUAAGGAUUGAAUUUAUGUAGUGUUUUUGAUGGAGAGUAAUUCUACGGUCUUG